UUCAAGUGGGUCAGUUGCCAUAGAACCUUAGGAUCAGAAUGUUAUGGGUCGACCUAUUCAAAUUGCAUUUAAAGUGGUACUAAAACUAAACGAAAUAAAAUGAUUAUCUCGUCUGGAAGCUAAGCCCAGCACUCGACUGCGACCAGUAUUUGAUCGACGUUUUACCCGCGAAGUUCAUAAAACAAAAAUACAAUUUACUCAACUUAUAAAAGAUGUUGAAGCUGCUGCUGUUGCUGCCUGUGCUGGCCCAAGCACUGGACUCCAGCUUUGCAACCAGCUCGCUGCUGGAGGGUCUCACACAGCUGAUGCUUAGUCCAUCGAACAAUCAAACGACGCGAUGCGGACAAGAGCUGCUGGCGCUGCACGCAGCCUGGCAGCGACACGAAGCCUGGGCGCUCAAGGCCUUCGAUGCAUCGGGCAGCGGGUAUGCCAACAUAUUGAUGGGCGACGCACACUUUUUAGGCAGCCGCGUCACCUGCCAAGCGGUCAAUCAGCUUGUGCUCAGGUAUUACACAUCGAAGCAGCAACAUCUGCUGGACAGUCUGGCGCCCUUUGGCUUCGACUAUCGCGUGGCUUAUGUCAAUGCCACAACGCGUUUCAAGCUCCGUUUCCUACACAGACCUCUGACGCUGAUGCACAUCGGACUCUGUGUGCCGCAGAGCUGUGAACGCGACGAGCUGGAACAGCUGUUGCGCCAGACACUCGCGGUGCAACCGUUGGAGCAUCAGUACAUGGAGCUGCAGCCUCAGUUGGUGUACACAAAGCAACCACAAUUUGUGGGUCGCUUCCUUGAGAGUCGCGCCUUUCGAUUGCUCAUCACUCUCUUCUCGCUGGUGCUGCUGCUGACGCUGCUCAGCAAUGUUCUGCCCAAGGGCUGGAGUCGUGUGCUCGACUGCUUUCAUGUGCCCAGCAAUUGGCAGCGUUUGUCCGACAGCAGCAAAGAGAUUGCCGUCAUCAAUGGGCUGCGUGUGGUGGGCGCCAUCUCGCUUUUGAUACUCCAUGUGACGUGGUACUCGGUCACGUCGGUUAAUCAAACGGCGGGCAUGCUCGAGGGCAUUGCGAACCUUUGGAUGAAUCAUCCCUAUGUGGCGUCCAUGCUCGAAGUGUUCUUCACUAUCAGUGGCUUCCUCACUGUGUCCAACUUUCUCAGCAAUCGCGCCCAGCUGCAGCGCUUGGCCGAGCAGCCGCUGUCCAGCAAUCUGAUCGCCUACCUCAAGUCCUUGCUGCAGCGCUACUUGCGUCUGAUGCCCAUGCAGAUUGUGCUCAUGCUUCUAGUGACCGUUGCCAUUAGCUACUACCGUGAGGUGUCGCUGCUGCACAUCCAGGAGCCACUGGAUGACUACUGUGCCCAGAGCUGGUGGAAGAAUGCAUUCCUCAUACAGAAUCUGUUCAACACCGAUUACUUGUGCGCCAAUUGGACCUGGUCGCUGGCCUGCGAGAUGCAAUUCCAUGUACUCGCCAUGCUCCUGCUCCAUUUGUAUGUGCAUCGUCCGAAGCUGGUGCGUCGUCUCGUUGUCGGCAUACUGGUGGCCAAUCUGAUGUAUACGCUUGCCUUCAUCAUGACGUUGGGCGUACAACUGCGCUUUGAAAAUAUCUAUGCUCAGCUGACCGAAGGUUUCUACUUUAACCCGUUGGUGCGUUUGCAGACUUAUGCCGUAGGCGCCAUCUAUGCCCAUGCCCACGUCAAUGGGAUGCGUGAUGGAAAGACACCGCUUGACUUGGUCUUUCCGGGGCGUCUAGUGAAAUCCUUGGCUGCCGCAGCCGUGUUGUGGGUGAUUUGGCAAUUGCAACUGGAGGCGAAUAAUCUGAAUGGGUAUCUCAUUGGCACCGCUAUCGUAAUAGUACGUCUUGUCUAUUCGCUGAUUACGUUACAUUUGAUUUUGGCCAAUUUUAGCACUGAACGUUGUUCUUUCGUCAUUCGGUGGGGAUCGAAAUUGCUGCAAGCAAAUUGUUUUCAGUUCUUAGGCAAAUUGACGUUUACGUUUUACCUGAUUCAUCCGUUGCUUAUUAUGUGUUUUAAUUAUGGUUUUAGCUAUUUACUGCCUUCCGAUUUUAGUCUUUGGUCCAUCAUUUCGAUUGCGUACACAGUUAUUUGCUUUGUAAUGUCCACCGUGUUGACGCUGUUCCUUGAAAUUCCGUUCAUUAGACUUACCCAUUUGUUGAUGUCUUCACUUGCCACACAACAAGCUCCAGCGUCCAAGAAUAAAGAUAAAUAA